AUGGAUUGGCAAGGACAAAAGCUCUCGGAACAGCUGAUGCAGAUCUUGCUCGUCUUAUUUGCCACGGUGGCUUUUGUCACUGGUUACCUCAUGGGUUCAUUCCAGAUUAUGCUGUUCAUCUAUGCAGCUGGAGUCAUCCUAACCACUUUGAUUACUGUUCCUAACUGGCCCUUCUUCAACCGACAUCCUCUCCAGUGGUUGGAUCCUAUUGAAGCCGAGCACUAUCCCAAGCCUCAGCCAGUAGCGUCAAAGAAGAAACCCACUAAGCAAUACCAGAAGUAGGUCAUUUAACAAAUGUUAUUAGGUGUUAGGCUGUCUUUUCUCCUUUUUCUCCCUUUAGAUGAAAAAUCUUCUAUCUUUUUUUUUUUUUCAAAUGAGCAGUGUUUAGUUGUGCUUGUAUUCUGCGAUAAUAGAGAUACUUACUGUUCUGUUCUGUUCUGUUUKUUUUUUUUUUUUUUUUUUUUUGGAGAAAAGAUUACUGAUCACACUAUGCAAGUAUAAUUAAUAGUUGAAUGCCAACAAGAGAGAGGGAGGGAAUUUUUUUGCA